UUUUUUAUUCAUUAUAAAAUGAUAUGAAAAAUUUUGUCAUUAGGUUUUAUUUCUUAAUGUUGAUGUCUAACAAUGUUUUGACAAUCAUGAUGGAACCAAAUUCAAAUAACGAUAAUCAGCGUAAAGCAUCUCACGUUGUACAAUUCGACGAUCCAAGUUCAUUUAACGAAGCUUUACAAAGCUGCUUAGCAGAACGAAACUACGGUACCAUUGAAUGUUUUAAUCGAGGUGCUUUGACAACUUUGCAAUCAUGGAAUGAUAACGAUUGUCUGGAUUUCGGGAAUAUAAAGCUGGAACGAAGCGAUGCCGAAAGUCGCAAUUUUCUCAAUUUUGAGGAGGAUUCAAGCAAUAUUGUAAAUUUAAUAAAAGCAACUUCAAAGCUAUUAGAAUCUAGAAAUAUUAAGUGGGAUUUAGGAAAUAUAUAUCCGGGAUUACAAAUGCGAGUAGGUCCAACAUUAUCGGCUUCCAAUGGAUUACUUGAAUUCGUAAUGGAUGAGAGAAGGAAUCAUUAUGUGAAUAAUAGACAAAUUGGCACUGGCAAGCUGCUCAUGAGACAGUUGUUGCUCCCCUUCCUCCUCGGCUUUAAGCUCAACCUGACCACGCUACUGCCGUUGCUCUUCGGUGCGCUCAUCAUCAUUACAAAGAAGGCCUUGCUGCUCACGAAGGUCGCUCUUUUCAUAGCUGGAUUGAUUGGUUGGAAUUCACUUUUUAACCGCUACCCUAGUUCAUCGAACUACCAGCCUGAUGGUUUCUAA